AAACUGGCGUAAUCCGGAGGAUUUUACAGUUUACGGUUUGAUUCGAUCGCCAAAAGAGACGCGGUCGGGUAUUCGAAGAACGGGGGAAGCUCACAGGAAAUAAGGAUGCUUUUCGCACGAGCGGUGACGUUCGCCGUCGCCAUCGUCGUCGUCGUCGGCGCUUCGAAAGACGUCGAAGACACUCCCGAAAAGAAAUCCACGAAAGUCCAGUGGACCGGCGGCUCCUUCGAUUGGCCUUGCGCGGCCACGAAGAGCAUGUUCAAGAACACCGGUCGUUACAUCGGGAAGAACGUCCUCGCCACCAGAGUUGUGAUCAGCAAGGACGACGCCUACCUUGCUUUACCUAGAUUCAAGCCUGGCGUGCCAGUGACCUUAGCGAAAGUCUGUUUGAAAGAUAAGAAUUGCCAGGCUACUCUCUCGCCCUUCCCUUGCUGGUCGCUCCAAGAAGAAGGUACAUGCUCCGCGCUGCAAAAUGUCGUGGACAUCUUUUUGGAUCCCCAGGACGUCCUGUGGGUGCUGGACACGGGAGUCGUAAACACCCUCGAACAGUCGGAGCGCAAAUGCUCGCCGAAGGUUGUCGCCCUGGACAUAAAAACCGGCAAGGUCGUGAAAACCAUCCAACUGGACGAUUUGUCGACCCCGUCGUCCCGACUGCAGUACGUGGUGGCGGACUACAAUCCGGACGGCCGCGUCUUCAUCUACGUGUCCGACGCAGCCUCGCGGGCGAUCCUGGUGUACGACGUGACCACGGGUCGCGGAUACCGCGUUGUACUUCCGCAGGCGGUAACCCUGAACUGCGACCGCCGGGACGUGCUCUAUCUCGCUCUGAUACGCCACCACGACGGUAGCACCUGCCUGGUCUUCACAUACUUGGGCAGCAACCGUCUGUUCAGCAUCCGAACGGAUCAUCUCAGGAGCGGUAACGCCCACGGUAAGAUACAGGAUCGCGGGCAGAAGCCCAAGAAGUUGGUCAUUGUCGGUACGGACAACGGUAGCGCGCUCUUCUUCCGCUACGAGGGCGAGCAGGAGGUCUACAGAUGGGACAGCGUCACGCCCUUCGUGCCGUCCAACUUCCAGCUGGUCUACAACACCGAUGACUGCUGCUCCCUGGUCACGCACGUCGCGCCCGACUACAAGAGGGAACAGAUGCGUGUCCUCGAGAGCAACUUCGCGGACUUCAUGCAGGGCACCGUCGGCUGCGGAGCCAAUCAAGCGUUGAAGGUGCUGUAGAGCGAGAUGUUCUCGCCGAUCGUGAAUAGAUCGAGGACUGGGAGCGCGGAUUGAUAACAGCGACAUGGUUAUCUCGGUCCCCGGAGUACCUCAGCCGAGAGAUCGAGUGUACCAUUACAAUUCGACGAGAUUACCUUUCUAUACUGUAGAUACAAUAUGUAUAAGGAACAAUAUGUACCUCACGCCAAUCGUCGUAUCUUCCAUUGCCGUUAAUAUGUAACAUAAAAAUCAUUCUCUUGUAUGUACAUGUGUAUGUGUUUAUCUGUGUGUAUGAUAUGCGUGUCUGUAGCGUCGAAACUCGAACUCGUCAAAAUUACAUCGGCCGCAAUGCGUCCGAUGCAAAAACUCCGACGGUAAGCGAAAUGUCAAUCGCUGACAUUCGUCGGAUGGAGAAAUAAACGUAUUAUAAAAA